AUGCCCGAAACGGCGUCCGAGCUGGCACGCGCAACGAGUUUUUCGGUCACCGGCUGGCGCGAACGAACACAACGGGACGCGCGCGCUCGGGGGUUCGGAAGGCGGGCCAUGUUCACCGACAACAGGUGCGCGAACAGAGUGAUCACGGGAGCCGCGCUGGGCGCCACCGUCGGGGGCGCGGUGGGCGCGGUGUACGGCACGUACGAGUCAUUCGCGUACAAGAUUCCGGGCAUGCUGAAAGUGAGGCACAUAGGCCGCACGACCGUGGGAAGCGGCACCCUCUUCGGCCUCUUCCUCGCAGCCGGCAGCCUGAUCCAGUGCGGCAGGAGGUGA